AUGGGACAAUGUCUAGAAACCACGCGGCUCGCAACGGGAGAGGAAACCCAGGACCUCAACCUGCCUGUCUUUCUCACCAUCAUCGUUAUGUCGCCUCCGGAAGUCGUUUGGAGUGGCUACCGACUUGAUAUCCAUUCUUUCAAGAAGUUCAUAAUGGUCCUCACAGGGGAAGGAGAUUGCCCGCCUUCAGAUGACGACGAAUCUUCCGUCGACUGGGCAUACGAAUACACAGCGUGGCGGUUCGAACUAUCACCGAGAGACAGAGCUAAAACACCGAGAAUUCGUUAUCUCGAGCUUAAUCCUGAUGCCCCAGACGAUAUCACCCACCUAUUCUUCCCUGUCCGUUGGAUACCAUACAAGAGCUCACGUCAACUCGAUGACCCCACCCAUCCUGACUAUGCCACCACUCAUGAACCGAAUGAGAAGGACAAGGCCAAGCUUGAUAGAUGGCUAACUUAUAUCCAUGAGAACAACGGCGGAAAAUAUCACUUCAGUGCUGAUAUGUUCGACUUCACGGCUAUAAAGGAUCUUCAUCCAGCGUACGAAUGGAGAAUUAUCCAGCCAUUUGUGUUCUGCUCACAACUUCAAGUUAUCUCGAAGGAAAUCUAA